GCGGCCGCUGGGACCGGAGGAGAAGGGGGCGGGAGAGAAAGGCAGAGACCGUUACCGCACUUUUACAUGCUCCGUAACCCCAGCUAGUGGCUCUGCCUUCCUGAGCCUUGGUUUUCCUGAAUGUGGAACCAGCGCCACGACUCUUAGGGGUCUCCGCACUCAGCCUUCGUCCCAGGGUCCCCGGAGGCGGCUGCCUGGUCCUCGGGCUCUUUUUAUACCCGGGAAGACAGAGGCCCUGAGUGCGACCGUCGGCCCGCGAUCACCCCUCCCAGUGGAGGUGUGGGGGUUCGGCUGAGCCCGCACUGCUCUCUCUGGUCGCUGCCUUUUAUGGCCCCGCCCAGCCCACAGAUGUCGAUGGGGCCGGCAGCGUCGCUACUGGACCCGGCGCAGCCCACCCGUUGGCCCCCUGGUUCAGCUGUCCCAUUCUCACAGAGUCCAGUGACCUUUAAAGAUGUGGCUGUAUACUUCUCCCAGGAGGAGUGGGGGCUUCUUGAUGUGGCCCAGAGGCACCUGUACCACAAUGUGAUGUCGGAAAACUUUGAACUCAUGACCUCACUUGGUUGUUGGCAUGGAGUGGAAGAUGAUGAGGACCAUCCCAAGCAGAAUGUUUCUGUAGAAGGUGUGUCACAGGUCAGGAUCCCCAGUGCAGACCCCUCCACCCAGAAGGCUGACACCUGUGACAUGUGUGGCCCAUUCUUGAAAGACAUUUUGCACCUAACUGAGCAUCAAGGAACAUACCCUGAGGAGAAACCCUGCAUGUAUGGAGCAUGUGGGAGGGACUUUUGGUUCAACACAAACCUUCACCAGCACCAGAAAGAGCUCAGUGGAGAGAAGCCCUUCAGAUGGUACAAAAACAGGGACUCAUUUGUGAAAAGCUCUAGAAUCCACCUGUUGGAGAAGACCUUGACUUGUGGGGAAGGUGGGAAGGCCAUUCUGGACAGCCAUGAACUUCAGCACCAGGCUAUUGACAGUGGGAGGAAGCCACAAAGGAACAUCCAGCAUGGGGAGGCCUUCCUACACAGUUCCAUUCUUAGGCAGCUCCCAGAAGUCCAUACCACACAGAAACUCUUCAAGUGCAGCAAAUGUGGAAAAGCCUUCCUGAAGAGCUCCACCCUCUUUAACCAUCUGAGAACUCACUCUGAAGAUAUACCACUUAGAUGCCCAACAGGUAGAAAUUUCUUAGAGGAGAAAUCAACCCUUGUUAACCAAAAAUUUCACUGUGGAGAAACAUCCCAUGUGUGUAUAGAGUGUGGGAAGGCCUUUAGUCACCCAUCUAAACUGAGGAAACACCAGAAAUUACACACUGGGGUAAAAUAUUAUCAGUGUAGUAAAGGUGGGAAAACAUUCAGCCACAAACUCACACUUGUUCAUCAGAGAAUUCACACAGGAGAAAGACCUUAUGAGUGCAGUGAGUGUGGGAAAGCCUUCAAUAACAGGUCACACCUCUUUCGGCAUGAGAAAGUUCACACUGGAGAAAGGCCUUUUGAGUGCCUCAAAUGUGGAAGAGCUUUUACCCAAAGCUCCAAUUUCCUUCGGCACCAGAAACUUCACACUCAGGUAAGACCUUAUGAGUGCAAUCAGUGUGGAAAAGCCUUCAGCCGAAGCUCUGCUCUCAUUCAGCAUUGGAGAGUUCACACUGGAGAAAGACCUUAUGAGUGCAGUGAGUGCGGAAGAGCUUUUAACAAUAACUCCAACCUUGCUCAGCACCAGAAAGUUCACACUGGAGAACGGCCUUUUAAGUGCAGAGAUUGUGGAAGAGACUUCAGCCAAAGUUCCCACCUCCUUCGGCAUCAGAAAGUUCACACUGGAGAAAGGCCUUUUGAAUGCAGUGAAUGUGGGAAAGCCUUCAGCAAUAGCUCCUCCCUCAUCCAGCACCAGAAAAUACACACCAGACAAAGGCCUUAUGAGUGCACUGAGUGUAGAAAAGCCUUCAGCCGCAGCUCCAGCCUGAUUCAGCACUGGAGAAUUCACACUGGAGAAAGGCCUUAUGAGUGCAGCAAAUGUGGAAAAGCCUUUGCUCACAGCUCCAGUCUCACUGAGCACUGGAGAGUUCACACAAAGGAAAAGCCUUAUGAGUGCAAUGAAUGUGGGAAAUUCUUUAGCCAAAACUCCAUUCUCAUUAAGCAUCAGAAAAUUCACACUGGAGAAAGGCCUUAUAAGUGUAGUGAAUGUGGGAAAUUCUUUAGCCGAAAGUCCAGCCUCAUUUAUCACUGGAGAGUUCACACUGGAGAAAGGCCUUAUGAAUGCAGCGAAUGUGGGAGAGCCUUCAGCAAUAACUCCCACCUGGUUCGUCAUCAGAGAGUUCACACACAAGAAAAGCCCCAUGAGUGCCACCAAUGUGGGAAAGCCUUUAGUGAAAGAUCCACACUUGUUCGACACCAGAGAGUUCAUGCUAGAGAAAGGAUUUAUGAGUGCAGCCAGUGUGGGAAAAUCUUCAGCCGCCUUUGUAACCUUGCUCAGCAUAAAAGGAUUCAUGCCUGAGUGUAGCUUUAUGAAAGUGGUCUUUGUGAGAAAAUCUUCAGCCAAGUCAAGCUUUGUGCAGCAGAAUCCUCACCACAG